AUGUUGAUAUGGUUAACACUGCGUAUGCAGAGAGCCGUUCCCAUUGAUAGAUUUGGAGCAAUUGCCCUGACUUGUGAGCAUAUUUUAUUUCGCUUUACUCAAAGAAUAUUGUAUUCACACUAUAUAUGUAAAUGUCAUGAUGGUUAUAUUGACGUGAGCCCGAAUGUUACACAUUAUCCUGGUCGACAAUGUGUUUUGCCUAAAAGCAUGGAUUAUAGAAGUAUGGAGCAGACGCUACAGUGUCCAAUGCAAACACCAUGCCCAAGGACUACACCUUGUCCACUGCAAACAACUACACAGGCCAAUAUUUCUUGUGGAGGAUUCAAUCGCUGCCAACAGCAUCAUGAUUGCGAUAGUUCUGCGAUAUGCUCGGAUACUUACGAUAGUUACCAGUGUCAGUGUAAACCUGGUUAUCUCGAUAUUUCGCCAGAUCCUCUGCGAUUUCCUGGACGGAAAUGCCAAGAACAUGAUUGCUCGCCUUUUGCGACUUGUGAAGAUACACAAGAGUCAUACUUGUGUAAAUGUAACGAUGGAUACACGGAUGUUUCUUCAAGAUAUGGCUUGAAACCUGGUAGGAAAUGCUCAAAAGUGGGUGAUCAGUGCUCGAAUCGUGCUGACAACACUUGCGAUGAAAAUGCAGACUGCGUUCAGUUACCUGACGGGUACGCAUGCAAAUGUUUCAGUUCAUACGUUGAUGUUUCUAGUAACGCCAACUUACCACCUGGACGAGUUUGUACUCUACAAACGCAGUGUCCAGCUCAACCGACCGAUCUUGUGUUUCUUGUCGAUGGUAGUGGCUCAAUUGGAUCCGACGUCUUCCAAAGAGAAGUAUUACGGUUCUUAAGCGAAUUCAUCGAUCUGUUCGACAUAUCACCGACCCAAACGAGGGUUGCAGUGGUGCAAUAUUCCGAUCGCAUUCGACAUGAAUUCAAUCUGAAUCAAUAUUUAACCGGUUUAACUCGAACUGGUGCUGCAAUUGAUUAUAUAACAAAUGAAGCAUUCAACGAAAGACGUGGUGCACGUCCGUCUUCGCACAAUAUCACGCGUAUUGCAAUAGUAAUAACGGAUGGCAGAUCCCAAGAUAAUGUUGUAGUGCCAGCUAAUGAAGCACGCCAGAAAAAUAUACAGUUAUUUGCUGUUGGAGUGACUAAUCAUGUUCUUGAUUCUGAACUGGAAGCGAUAUCCGGCAAGCUUAAUUUAAAGACAUUCCUUUAUCUUAACAGAUCGAAGCAGCGUUUAUUUCACGUUCGUGGAUUUGAAGACCUGAACACGAGAUUGAGAAGUGCUAUUCAGAAGGUAACUUGUCCCGAGGGUAAGCCACCAAUUCCACCAGAAGGUCCUUGUGAUCCAGCGACUCAUCGCGGAUGUGAUCGAUCGCUGAACCAAGUAUGUAUUGUCAAGAAUAACAAAUUCGUAUGUGGAUGUCCGCCUGGAUUCGAAAAGCAUCCUAUAACGCAAGUGUGUGGAGGUGACACAUGUAAUCCGCAGUUAGUUUCGUCUUGUCCAUUUCCAGAGAGGUGUCAGCUUACACCAUUUGGUAACUAUAGAUGUACUUGUGUUGACAAUACAACAAGAAGUCCAAAAACAGGAGCAUGUAAAGAACCAAUUACAGCACCAUCUACUGAUGAAUGCAGCAGUACGAUACCAUGCAGACAAAAUGAAGAGUGUAAAUUCAUGGAUUUAACGAAUUUGAUUUGCAGACCGGGAUUCGAACGAGAUUCUCGAAGUGAUAAAUGUCAGUUGCCUGGAACUUGCGAUCCAUCUAUAUCCAUCAGUUCUUGUGACGAAAGAAAGCGAGAGCAGUGUUUGCCUGAUAGAACUGGUCAAUACACCUGUCAAUGUCCAAAGAAUUAUCGUCGUCAUCCUGUGACAGAAAUUUGCUUAAUCGACGAAUGUGCAGUCGGAUCUCACGAUUGCGAUGCGAAUGCGAAUUGUAUCGAUACGGAUGAGAAUUUCAUCUGCACUUGCCGACCAGGAUUCCUUGAUAUCAGUCCAAACCAAUCAGAAAAACCCGGCCGUAUUUGUAAGCAGCAGAUUGAUGAAUGCGUUAGCGGAAAGCACAAUUGCUCAGAAAACGCAUUUUGUAUAAAUCUUCCCGAUGGAUUUCUCUGCCGUUGCAAACCGAAUUUCAUUGACUUCAGCCCGAAUCCUUCGCAUUUUGCUGGUACAAACUGCAAGCCUUUGGUUGAUGAGUGUGCCAAUUCAUCCUUGAAUCUGUGCAGCGAAAAUGCAAUAUGCACUGAUACCAAAGAAAGCUAUAAAUGCCAGUGUAAACCGGGUUACAUCGACCAAGAGCUUCGUAAUCCAGGACGAAAUUGCCAGAAAAGCCGAACAUGCUUAGAACGAAUAUGCUUGGAUCCGACAAAGCACGACUGUCACAUUGCAGCAAUUUGUAUUGAAAUAUUAGGGCCAGAACGCUAUACUUGCAAGUGUCGUGAUGGAUAUUAUGAUAUUAGGCCCUCAACACCUGGUCGAGAAUGUAAAGAGGAAAUAAAUGAAUGUUUGGAUGCAUCGCUAAAUGAUUGUGAUCCCAUGGCUACUUGCCACGAUAUGAAAGAAGGCUAUACAUGUGCAUGUCCAAUCAAAUUUAGAGACGAUUCACCCGACAGAAACAAACCUGGAAGAAAAUGUUUUGCUCUUGUCGAUGAAUGUCGAAAUCCGCAUUUAAAUAAUUGUAGUAGGUUUGCUGAUUGCAUAGAUAAAGAAGAUGGAUAUAGCUGCAGAUGCAAACCAGAAUAUCACGACAAUAAUCCUUCAAAUCCAGGAACUGAUUGUUCUUUCAUAAUCGAUGAAUGCGGAUCUCCAAGUCUCAAUGAUUGCGAUUUUCAUGCAAAAUGUACCGAUACAUUGGAAGGAUUCAGUUGUGAAUGUAUUUCGCCCUAUGUUGAUGAAUUAGUAUCGAAUCCAGGCCGAGUAUGUCGGUAUAAUGAAUGUACUGAUGAAGCGAUGAAUGACUGUGAUAAAAAUGCAGAAUGUCGUGAUACAGAAGAUGGAUAUAUUUGCCAGUGCAAACCUGGAUUCUAUGAUGAUGGAAAUGAUCCAAGAAAACCGGGAAGAACAUGCGUCGGAUUAAUAACGGGUCGACCGCAAGAAGCCGAGCCUACAACUUUGUCUCCGAACCUUUUACCGUGUGAUCUAGGAUUUUGUCGCUUGGAUUUAGGUGAAGUUUGCGUAGGAGGAGAACGAUGCGCAUGCCGUCCAAACCAAAAUCGGCCUUCUUCUGAUGCUGGCUGUAUUGAUGUUGAAAAGGUUCCAAUAGAAAUUCGAAUUAUUGGUCGCGAUGGCAAUCAACUAGCAUUUGGUAGCGAGUAUGGCAAUUCGAAGUCGUCUCGUUACGUUGAAAUUGUGGACCAGUUCCUCCAAGCUAUGAAAACAACCGUGGAACAAACGUCAUUUGCGCCAAAAUACGUAUCAUCAGAUGUAACCUAUAUCACAAAUCCUAAAGUUAAAAACAGCUCUUGGGAAUCUGGAUUAUUAUUUAAUGGAACCGCUGAUUUCACCUCUCCUAUUGAUAAAUGUGAAUUUUGGAGCAAAUUUAUGCGAGCAAUAAAAGAUUACAACUAUCGUCUUGGAGGUGGACCAUUGAUUGUAGCUGAUGACAAUGAUCAAUUAGACCCAUGCAGAAAGGAGGUACAUAAAGGAAUACCAUGCGGGACAACAUUCUGUCAACUUGAUUUGGGCGAAAUCUGUGUUGUUGGCAGAACUUGUGGUUGUCCUAUUGGCCAGAAACGUGCAAAACAGGAUGAAAAAUGUCGUCCAGUUGAAGCAUGGAAUUUGCCCUUAUGGGUCAUUCGUGAAGAUGGUAUUCCUCUAAAUUACACUGAUAAUCUUUCCAAUCCUCAUAGCACCGAUUAUAAGAGACUGGUUGAAGCUUUUGAAGAAGGCAUUCGUCAAAGUUAUGCACAAACACCACUGAAAAAUGGAUUUCUGGUCGCAGAAGUAAACGAUAUUAUUAAUCCGGAAAAGAUUAACAAGACUUGGAAUUAUGGAAUAUUAUAUAAUUUCACCUCAAAUUUCGUUCGAGGUUCUAUUCCAGAUCCACAAAAAAUAUUUAAUGAUUUAGUUGAAUAUAUAUCGAGGAAAAACAAUUAUGAGGUAGGUAAAAGCAAUCAAUUUAUUAGUCCAUCUCAAGCGAAUCCAUUCGAUCAGUGCUUCAAAAGUAACUGUCAUCCAAAUGCAAUUUGUGUAGAAGAGGGAUCAGGAUACAGGUCUUUUAUAAUCUUCAUAAUUAGCUAUCGUUUGUUUUGUAGUGCGAUAAAUUUAAAAAUUAUCUCGAAUCUUGAGCGGUUAUAUUUCUAUUCCGCUGUUAUUUUUGUGCUAUUUUUUUGGUAUAUUUUAUAA